AUGAGUGUGUGGGUAUAUCUCGACAAACUUAGAUUACAGCUUGAAGGGCCUGUGGUUCUCCGUGACCUCAAAAUUGAACUUCUUGGUGAAAAUGCCCACCAUAUAUAUUUUACAAACAACGGGAGGAAACUAGCAGAAAAUGCCAUUAUUAAAGAAGGUGUCGUCCGCGCUUAUUCAAGAGUCCUGGGCGGCAAAGGUGGAUUUGGAUCCAUGCUUCGAGCCAUAGGUGCGCAAAUUGAGAAGACAACAAAUCGUGAGGCUUGCAGAGAUUUGAGCGGUAGACGGUUAAGAGAUAUUAAUGAAGAAAAAAGGCUUAAAAAUUGGAUUGCACAACAAGCUGAACGAGAGCGGGAAGCUGCAGAGAAAAGGAAGAAGAAGUUGGAGCGGUUAUGUUUUGAGCCAAAACAUGACUUCAGUGAUCAGAAUUAUGAAAAAGCACGAACAGAGCUUACAGAGAAGGUUCAUGAUGCUGUAGAACAAGGUUUCCGUUCUGCAUCAACGUCUACCUGCACAACUGAAUCAAAGAGAAAGUUGGAAUCACAGGGAGGUAGCCAAGUUAAGAAAAAGAAAUCAUGCCUGUGGGUAGAUGAUUUUGAUGAAGAUGACAUCAGUUCUAAUGACAGUGAUUCAGAUGAGAUUCAAGUUGAUAACAAGCAGAAUCUCAAGAAUUUUGUAGAAGAGAGUAAACUGAAGGAAGAAAAAGACACAGAAGACAAUCUAUACAAUUGUUCUCAGGAACUAAAAGAAAAAUUGAAGCAGGAGGGGAACUGUGCCGAACAUGAAAAUCCCAGAAAUAAAGAAGUUUCAUCUUGUGAUAAGUCUGAGAAAACUUCACCAACAAGUGAAGCAUCACUAUCUCCUGAAAGUGACAAGAGCGAUGUGUGCUGUGACAGCAGUACAUCUGAAAGAGAUUCUGGUAUUGCUUCUAAUGCUUCUUGUUAA